AGUUAAAUUUGGGCUGGGCCGCCUAUACAAUACUAUUUAACUAUACCCGUAUUGAAUGUUGAUAGAUAAAAGCGUUAUAUUUUCAUAAUAGUAUAACAGUUUAUAAAAUUGUGCCAUUUUUUAUAGGAAAAAUUUUUAAUUUUAAACUAACACAAAAAUGGUUUCAAAAUCAAAGACUGGACUAUUUGCGCUGGGAUUUUUUACAUUUGCAUCUUUAUUUAUUAUUGUCGCUUUUGUAAGCCCAUAUUGGCUGGUUACUGAUGGAAAAUUGAAAAAUCCGAAAUUUUUAAGAAUUGGUCUAUGGGAGGUUUGUUUUAAUGGUUUUGAAGAAGUUCAUCACUGGUAUGACACAAUAUUCAGCGAUUGUUGGUGGAUUUUCGAAGAGGAAUACUAUAUCAUCCAUGAUAUACUUUUGCCUGGUUUUUUUAUUGCAACUCAAUUUUUCUUUACAAUAACAAUGUGUUGUAUUAUUGUUUCAAUUUUCUUAUUUUACAUGUACAUCAAGAAAGAUCAAGAUGAUGAUAAUUAUGUAACACUUUUAUUAACAUUUGGAACUACCUUGGUAAUAGGCGGUUUUUCAGGUUUGAUAUCAGUUGUAACUUUUGGUGCAAGAGGGGAUGGAAGGGAUUGGAUGCCUCAUUGGGAGCACAAUGAUCUGGGAUGGGCAUUUGCCCUUGGUGUUAUAGGAGUUAUAUUUCUGUUUCCAGCAGGAAUACUGUUCCUUAUUGAGGCUAGAGUGAGGAAAUACAAGAGACUGCAUGAAAUGCAAAGUAGAGAACCUUCAUCCUAUACAAUGCACGAAAGGAAGGUUGCCUUUCCUGGGCAUACAGAUAUAUAAAAUUAUAUUGUAAUAUUUUAGUGAUAACACUACACAGGCAGGCUAACAAUUCAUGAUCUUAUGCAAUCCGUCCAAGAGUUAUUUAGGAAAAAGUUUUUUAUGUAAUUGUAUUUUUAAGUACAUAGCGUUAAGGUACAGUGUAAUCUGAAUUUACUUUAAACAAGAUCUGGGGGUAAUCAUUUUUUAACACAUUUUUGUACUUUCUAAAGUCUACUGUGGCAUCAUAAAUAUUGUCUUUUUAUCAUUGUAAAGGUUUAUGUUGUUUUAUGUUUUUUAAUUUAAAGGUACAGUAGAAACUUGAUCAACUAAACUAAUGUAUGAUGUCAGGCAUCCAGAUAAUUAUAUAUCUGGAUCUUGAUAACACAAUGUAUGAAAGAAGGUUUCAGUAAAUUUUUAGAUUAAGUUUUAAUAAUCUCAGGUGCGUAUUGAAAAUAACAAAUAAAUCUUGUCAUAGCACAAUCAAGUAAAUGUGUGAAUUUACAAUAGGAGCUGUACAAUUUUACCUUUUUUUUCAUUCUUGGUGCAAAUUUCUCAAAUGCUUCUAUCAUAACAUUUGUUUCCGGACAAUGCCCAAUCGGUCCAGCUUUUAUGUGACCAAGGAAAAUUGGGGUGAAAUUUUGUAUAAUAAGAUUAUUAAGAUUUACAUUAUUUAACAUAUGAUUAGGGGAUGCACAUCAUUUUAGUUAAUUAAUAUUUUAUUAAAUUACAUACAUACAAAAAAUCAUGUCAUAGAUAAAUAUGAAUGUAUGUAUACAUGCAUAGAUCUUUUUUUCUAUUCAUUUGAAAGGACUGAGGGUUUGAUAAUCCAGUUUCUGCUAAAUGAAUAAUAAUUAUCUUAAAACAAAAUAUUAAACCACCUCCAAAGGCUGGCACCAGGUUUUAAAUAAAAAAAGAAUCAUAAAAAUUGGUUUACCCAUUAAAAAGGUAUGACGUAAAAAUAUAUUCAUAUUGAUAACUUCCUUCUUAUAAAGUUUGUUAAUAACCUCCUUUUUUGAACUCGGUUAAAGAAUUAUGUAAAGUAUUAAAAAAUUCAUGCUUAUAAGAUUGUGUACAAUAGCAAAGUUUUUGGUUAUUCUUAAUUUUUUUUUUUAUAUUUUACAUUAGCAACAGAUACUUGACACUUGGAUAUUGACUAUUUAAUAUGUAAGCUGAUACUAACCCUGUCUUUUUUGUUUUUGUCGUUAUUUAACUCCUAUAAAUGAGCAAUUUUUAACAAAUAUUUUAUUCUUGAAUGAUUAGAAAAGAAUUGCAUUCAUAGAGAAGACAAAAAUUCACAGAAUUCAAAAUUGUCAGGAAGAUAUUCUGGGUUAAUAGGUUUUAAUUAAAAAGCAUUUUUAAUAA